CUAACUUUUCCCCAUGUUUGGCCUCAUGGACUGCAUUUUUGGAAAAACUCGCCCGCCGUUCAAUAUUCGAAAAUAAAGGGCAAAGUGACUUAGUUUUGUAAAUUAAAAUACUUCAUGACAGUUUGACGUUCGUUUUUUUCAUUAGCCUUCCUUCGUUUCUAGUUAGCAGGAUGCUUCCUACGAUUGCAAACAGCAUGUUUCGACCUUACUUACAUGUUUUUGAGAAUACCAGCGUAGCAGACUAUCUACCGGAGUAUUCCUUGCUGCAGCCUUUCUGGGACUACCUGCGUGUGCAUCACCAGGACACUUUGAGAUCACCCUUAUUUCCAGUCAUCAUCUCUGUGUCUGGCUAUUUUUUCUUUAGCACCUUAUUUAUGGUCUUGGAUCUUUUAGCUCCCAAGCUGCCUUUAUUGGACAAAUACAGGAUACACCCAGAAAAACCUGUAUCGUGGAGUGACAUUAGCAAAACUUUAGGACUAACUAUCUAUCAGAAUUUGGUGUACAUCUUUCCCGUAUCUGUGGCACAGUGGUACUGGCGACCCCCAACACAACUUCCUGCGGCCGCUCCAAACUUGUCAGAGUUAUUAUGCGGUGUUGUGGGUUGCACUCUACUCUUUGAUUUCCAGUACUAUAUCUGGCAUGUAGUGCAUCACAAAAUCCAAUGGCUUUACACGACUUUCCAUGCAAUUCACCAUGAAUACUAUGUUACUUUCAGCUGGGUGGCCCAGUAUCUCUCAGCAUGGGAGCUGUUCACUCUGGGGUUCUGGACCACUGUGAACCCUCUCAUUUUACAGUGCCACUGCCUGACCACAUGGGCCUUCAUGGUUUUCAACGUGUGGAUUUCUGUUGAGGACCACAGCGGUUAUGACUUCCCUUGGUCCAUGCAUAACCUGAUCCCUUUCCAGCUUUGGGGAGGCUCUAUUAAGCACGCAAUGCACCAUCAGAAACCUUUGACUAACUUUGCCCCAUUUUUCGGCCAUAUGGACUGGAUUUUUGGAACCGGGACAGACUUAAAACACUCGCCCGCAGUUCAAGAGAAGAAAAUAAAGGGCAAAGACCUUUAGUUCUGUAUAGUAAACCUAGGUAGCCCGCUUCGGUAAUUGAUAAUGACUACUAGAGUUGAUAAUCAUACAUUUUGCACAUAACGAUAGGACAGAAUGUAUUGCAAUAAUGAAGUAAAAUGCGCUUCUAAUGUGUUUCUGGUAUUCUUUAGCCUUGGAUUAAAAACAGGGAAUUGUGCACGCACGGGUCAAAGCUACGGUUUGCACACCUAAAGGCAGAAACAAAUAAAAGGAGAGACUUGGGCGAUACAGAGAAAAUGGCAUUAAUGCAUCUGUACUUUCCGAGGUAAAUGAACAUAGUAGUCUGAGAUCAUUUCUGAUGCCCAUGCACAGUAUGUUUCUGUAAAACAGGUGUGUUGAGUGUAUUUACGGUUACCACUUCUUCGGAUGCCCAAAGUGGGACAUUUUUGUGGAAACAUGAGAUUUUGCAAGACAAACCAUAGCCCCAAUCAUUGAUAAGGAAUGGACUUCACUUUUUCUCAAUAUAUAAACGCUUAUUAUCAUA